AUGGAGGCAUAUUGCAACGCAGUGCGCCACCUCGAAGACAAGUUCAACGGCAUAGAACUCAACCACGUCCUGUGCAAGUACAAUGAGGAUGCGGACGAGCUAGCUAAGAUCGCGUCGGGACGGACUACCAUUCCCCCGAAUAUCUUUGCUCGCGACAUCGUCAAACCCUCCGUCGAUUUCAAAGAUCCAGGGGAGCCGGGCCCCUCGACUGCCGAGCCCUCCGACGGGAAUCUCUCGGCGGACGAGACCGAGCCCAUGGAGACAGAAACCGAGACAUCCUUGGUGGACGAGGUCGAGGCAAUGCAGACUGACGAGGCCCCACUUUCGCAUGACUGGCGCGACCAGUUCCUCGACUGGAUCAACUGA